CACCCACUGGAGUGGUUCAGUCGUCAUGUUACAAAUCACAACUCAGAAAGCUUCAGAGUGUUGCGGACGGCUGUGUACUAACUUACUAAUUGUCCUCUCCUACCAUCUAAUGAUGUAGUUGAUUUGUUAGAAAAACAGCAGUAAUUUAGCAACUACUUUUACCAAAUCAAUCAUUUUUCACCUCGUGUAUAUCAAUUAGUUAGUCUAGGAUAGCAGUUUUGCUGUAUAAUGAUAAUGUUGUCCAUGCCUGAAGAAUGAAGACAGAUGGAUCCCUAGUGCUUGUUGUGAGGACCCAUGUCUUAGUGGAGAGACAUGGGCUUGUCCCAUCACUGAUAAAGAGAGAAUAUAUACCAUCAUGUAAAUUUGAUCAUCUCAAAAGCUCUCUGCUGGCUUCUAUAUUUUAAACAUAAGUGUGCAUUAUUAAAGUAUCCUUUUUUCCCAAUCUAAUAGCAAGCUUUAAUUACCUCUCUCUGUCGCUCUUUUUGAGUAAAAUUACCAACUAUUUCUCUCCAUAAAUACAUUCUAUAAGCCAUUUGUAUUUCCCAUAUAUGUUUGUCAAUUCCAACUCUAAACUAGACAUUAGUUUCUGAUCAUAAUCUUUAGAAGCUCGAGGAAUGAUGGGUUUUCCUCCAACUUCAUCUCCUAAUGCUCAUCUUUAUCCACAAGCACUUCAACUCAAACUUUAUCAGGCUUUCAUCUUUUCAAUUCCUAUCCUUUUUUCUAUUAUUCUUUUCCUCUUGUUUUACUUGUUCUACCUCAAGAGAAGAGCUACUUCACUCUCUUCUCCAUCUCAGGUUCUUCCUACAAGCUCCAAUCAAGCAGCUCAACAACUGCCAUCUGUUUGUCAGAUUGGUUUAAAAAAAGAGAUCAAGGACAAGCUUCCAAUUGUACUGUUUGAUGAAGAUUUAAAGACAAGGGAGUCACAGUGUUGUGUAUGCUUGGGAGAGUUUGAGAUGAAAGAAGAGCUGCUGCAAAUACCAAGCUGCAAACAUGUGUUUCACAUUGAAUGCAUACAUCAUUGGCUUCACUCAAACACAACAUGUCCACUCUGUAGAUCUUUUGUCAUAAUCCCCACCACAAAACUUGAUAAUCAAGACCAAUCUGGUGGACCUGAUACACCACCACCACCAUACAACCAAGACCAUGCUAACUCCAACCACCAUAUUCAGAUUGCAUCAUUAGAACAGCAGCAGCAGCAGCAACGACAACAAGAGUUCAUCAACACCCAAAUUAUAGAACAACAGCAGCAGCAACUUCUCUUACCUAUCCAAGAAUCGUCUUCGCGUGCAGAAGGAGCAUGUCCAAUGAACUCUGUUGCUGCUGCUGAUUCCUGUCCCGUUUUGUCCAUUUCCGUGGAGAAUGAAAGAGGUUCUUCAAGUCAAGAAUCCGUUGCCAUACAUAUCCAAAUACAGUAACAUAUACAAAAUUCUUUUUUCCUUCUAUAUGAGGUUGAAAUAAAGUAACUAGGAAACCCAUCGGGCUAGGAACCUCGUGGCCGAGUGCCUAUCUCAUUAGUGCAGAAGGUCGGAAGUUCAAAUCCUGUUAGGCCUCUUCUCCUUUAAAAGUUUUCCAAGUACAAAAGAAGUACAAGAGAAAAAGAAAAAUAGCUAGGAGAAAGCCCUCAAGGCAUACACUGUAUACAGAUGCCUGAUCCUCAAAAUUAACCCCGUUGCAUUCUUUUUGCUGCAUUAGUUAUUCUAUUCCCAGAAUUUUCUUGGAGGCAGUUUAGGUUGGACUUGGAGGGAGAGAUCAGUGGUAGUGAGAAUUGAGUGUCGCAUGCAAUUGCUGAAAUUGCAUUCUUAUAUGAAAACAUACCGACGAAGUAUUUUCUACUGUUAUUUUGUUUAAAACAAAGUAUAUCUACUUUAUUUUAUAUACCAUGGUUUUGUAGAAUAUUAAAUUUCAUUCCUUUAAAAUCUAGAACUAAAAAUGACUGGUAAAUCGGUUGAGUCCUUCUGGAAUUUGAUAAGCCAAGGAAAAAGCACUGCGAACUGUUAUAACUAACUGACCUAAUCUCGUAUUGACAUUUGACACCUAUAGAUUGUUACUAACAUUCUCUAUAUAUAAGCUUUCUAGGAGGUGAUUGAUUUUUCUUUUUUUCUUUUUGUAUUUGUACUAACCUUAUAAAUCUCGGUCAUCAUGGAAGCAUAAAGUUGUAUCUGGCUCAAGUGCAGAAUUUGUGUAUAGAGGCAUAGGCAGCAGCAGCAAAUGUAAAAGAAGUUGGAAUCUCUCUUAUUUCAACUCCUCUUUAUCUACUGUGAUAACAGUAGCUCAAUAUACUUAGCAGCAAAUCCUAUGUUAUUUUAUUCGAGAAAGCUCCAAGUUCAUCUGGUUCCUUGCUCACAACAAAUUGCAAGCACUCACCAAGGCUCUUGACACCUUUGAGUUCCUCAACUUCAGAACCAAAACUGGCAGUUUUCCCAAAGACCCGUCAGUCCGAGAGGGGCAUCUCCAGAGAAAAUACAAAUUAUAGCAAUCUCCUUUUCUAUUAAAUGAAUCACUGUGCAACUGUGAUAACUCACUGAUUCAAUCUUAUAUUGACACUUUAAAGUGUUACUAAUAUUCUCUGUAUAUAAUCUGAUAAUAAUCAAUACAUAAAUAUUAUUCAAAAUUA